UGAUCGCCUUUACUCACUGAAACCAGUUGUAAAUAGAGUCGAUACUAAUAGUCUGACCCGGAAGCAGAACACAAGUAUACACGUCUUAUAUUGUUUUGAAUUAUUCUGUUUCAGCGGAAAUAAUGAAGUCGUCUUGAAAUUGUGGUAAUGCCGCCACGACUUGGAGAACGACUUCGUUACAUCCGUCUGAUGCGCAGGUCCAAUCAUAGAACUUGAAAUAUUAUUGUAGACGCAGGUGAAACAUCAAUAUGAAAUCGUUCGUCACAUAAAAUCAAACUGAUCUGGAGCCGGUGUAAUGUUUUUGAGUGUUUCUGUUUUUGAGUGUUUCCCCUCAUUGUUUGGGAACGCUCAAAAAUAGAUUGACAAGUUUUUCUGUGUAUCCCCCCUAUUGAAAAGUCGUGGUCUCUCUAGCUGCCUAUUGUUUGGAAACACUGACACAUGGGAAACAACCACAGAUGUUACACCGGUACUAGAUAACUGUAAUCCGCCUUGGACUGAGAUUAAGUCGAAGGGUGUACAACUUAACCUCUCUUUUGUGUGGGAUAUGCGAUGGGUAAAACCUAGUCAAAGAUGAGUCGGCACCAAGUUGAUUCCUGGUGCAGUUGUGUCAGUUAAGUAGGCAGAAGGGAAGAUGCAUUGCGAAGGACCCUUACGCAUUGGCAUUGGCAAUGGUUGGAAUCCGUGAAAAAGUGAAAGAUUGGAACAACAGAUGCCAGUGAAUGAAUCUGCUUCUUUGAAGGUCAAGCAAAGAAUCAGUCCAGGUCUAUUACGAAAAUGUCACAUCUGCGCUCUCUUUUUCACAAUUAAUCUUGGAUUUUCAUGAAACCUAGUUGAGAUAAGGUACAGACUACAUGACACAUCAAUCUUGUAGAGACAUGUUACACCCUGUAGUGGAACACGACAGACUCCGUCGUUGGAUGGCACAAUUUCGCGUCUGGCCCAAAUUUCGCGUCCGGCCUCUGGCGAGAGUGUAAUCAUCAGGGCAUCCAGAGACACAUUCUCCAAGCCUCGCAAUUGGCCUACCAUCAUAGUCUCAAUUUACCAGCCAAAUUUUAACGUUUGUGUAAAAAUGAGGCAGGGCGAAGACCAGGAGAGUCCCACAAACACGGUCAUAACAAGCCGACUAAUGUGAUUAGUGGAGGUCCUCAGGUCUCGUUAGGGAGUUUUUCCCAGACGUGCCCCAUUAGCAGGACGUAACAUCUAUUUUAAAAUGCGUUUCCAAAGUGAAUGCAUGAGGACAACCCAUUUGUGUCGUAUAUCACUGGAAACGCCCGAUUCCCCUGAUUCUGCAGGAUGUUAAAUCGGACCUUUUAUUUCUUUAAAUUAAUCAUAAGCGUCGCAUUUUCUCCUAGCUCUGUUCACCAUCCCAAAUGGCAAUACUGCCAAUUUGGCCGGACAAUCACGAAAAACCCCAAAUAUUAUACAUUUCUUCCUGAAUAAUUCUUACAGUGACCAUUCUCCCAUGAAAGACAGUUGCUAACGCUACAAAAAAAUUUUUUUUUAAAUCGAGGGUCAACCAUUGAACUUUUGAGAUAUGUUGAAUUUUGCACAAAUCAGCGAAAAACGCUCUAACUGGCACAGGACGGCAUUUCAACAUGGGGCCGACGCACAUUCCAAGUUUAGUGUACACAUACGUCGGCAACAACAGUAAAUACGUAGUUUCUUGUUAGCCGCCUUAGCGUUCUAGGUUCCAGAAACUCUAAAAAAACAUGUAUUUGCCAAAACAUUGCUAAAUCAACACUGACCUAUUGUGAGGACCGAGAAAUCAAUGAUUUUAGGAACUACGGUUAGGGCUUGGCCGCGCAUGAAUACAAAAAAGUCCCUAAUGAGACCUCAGGCCCUGUCAAUGAAUCAAGAGACAUCUUACAAGACGGUAUUUCACGGUUACUGUGGAGUCAGCUUUUAUAUGAAGCGACGACGCCCGAAUGGUACUGGUUGGGUAUUCCCUUUAUCAUUUUUCUGCCGCGAAAUUACGAUUUCGAUUUUCCAAACCAUUCCUUUCGUAAAAAUACUCAAUUCUAUGCCUGAAUUUUUCUUCCAAGAUGGCACAAAGUCCCCUCGUUAUGAACAGAUCACGUAGUCGCAUUCCCAACCAUGUUGAUGAGAACAGUGAAAACAACAUGGACAGUCAUUCUAGACUUUCGACUCCGCAGCGCACUCCAUUUGUUCCAAUGCAAAGUGCAUUGGUUGGAAUCCGUGAAAGAUUGGAACAACAGAUGAGUGAAUCUGGUUCUUUGAAGGUCAAGGAAAGAAUCAGUCCGGGGCUUGCACAGUUGAGAAAUACGCCUGGCAGAGGUCUUAAAGAAAAACAAAAGUUGCUAGCCCAGAAGCACCAAGAGGCAAAAAGUAAAGUGAACACUGAUGGUGCCAAUGUAGGUGGAGGAAUCAGUAUCUGGCCAGAGAUGGACAACAUGCGACUCACCAAACAAGAAGUUAUCAAUCUUACAUCUCUGUGUGUUCUGCUCAUGUUGCUGGUUGUUUUCUUCUUUGUCCAAUUGCAUGGUAAAUUGAUGUCAAGCCUCGAUGAAUUUGCCACAGAACUGGCUGUAUUCCACUCGGGGCACGACAUAUCUUUUGCCACUCAGGAACUUUUUGAUAUUGGCCUCAUAGAAUGGCAUAAGGCAUACCAAAAUAUGAUAGUUGAUCUGCAUUCAACGUUUGACCAGAACUUUGCUGAUUCCUGUGUGACAUAUCAGAUCUGUGUCAUCACUUACAUUGUUGGCAUCAUAACUCUCCUCUACUGGUUAGCCGACAAUAUGUGGGCGAGGAGCAAACUUACCCCAAACAGAAUCAAAAUAUGGGUGACCCUCUUGGUUGUGAUCGGCUCAUGGACAAGUUUGAUCGUGAUUCUGCUGGUCAGGGCCUAUAAAGUAGAGAGAAGAGUAGAGGACAAUGUCAUCUCGCUCUCUAACCUGUUGGGCGACUUGGUUCUUACUGAUCUGGAUAUAUCACGUUAUCGUCAAAUCCUUCAUUACUGGCAAACAAGAUGUCUGCCACCAACAUCACAGGGAAGCUUGACGGUCCUGGGACUCGUACCCCUUCAAGAUGUCACCUACUACCUACAGUAUUAUAGCCUGCCUAUUGUCACAGCGAUAUUUACCCCAAUUCUGAGACUGCUAAUUUCAUUGAAGGAUAUCUACAGUGCUACCUAGUGUGUAUAGUAGCCUGUCAUGCUUUGAUAUAAGACAUUUUAUGGGCUCCUAAGUGUUUAGAAUUGGUUCGAAUAAAGUUGUGUAGUGCUAAAAUGUGCUGUGAUUUGCGAAUAUUGUUAUAUGCCCAGUGCAAGUAACGUAAAAGUCAUGUUCAUCAGAAAGACCCUUUUCUGUCAAAAAACAUUCCAUUGUAUUUAGUUCAAUGGAUAUCCACACUUGUAAAAAUACAUAUUGUACACAGAA